CCAAAAAUAUAUCCAUGCAAAAACCUCUCUGUCCGCCAUCGGGGACUUAAAGAGCAAACAGACCUCUAAACACAGCAGAUGCCAAACACGUCAAUGCUGUUGGCUGCAAAACAACUGAAAAGCCACUGUGAAACUUUAUUUUUUUUAGUUUCUUUUGAGGAUUUUUGCCAGAAAUGUCCUUACAACAACAAGAAAACCCUCUCUGAACGAGGGUCAGUGGUUCACACUUCAAACCUGGAGCUAAAUACGGAUCUGUCCCGACUGUCUGUGAUCUAAUUUAAUCCUGAAAGCUGUCAUUGAGGAACCUGAUGCUCGGCCCUGAAGCCGCUCCUGGACCCAUCAGACUCUCCUUACAGUAUGUUAAACCAUCGACAAGAAAGCAGCUUUGGGAAGUUCUCGGUAUCCAUGGGAAGACACAUCAGGAUCAGCUGAUGCAAAACACGCACUAAAAUGGCGUCACCGGUCUGGCAGUUCUACCAGAUCUCUGAAAAAGACAGUAAAUUUGCAAUAUGCAAGGUGUGCUCCAAGGAAAUCCCUCGUGGGGGAUCGCAACCAAAAAAAUUCAACACCACAAACCUCAUCAGACAUUUGAAGGUUAGGCACACCGAUGAGUAUGACCAGUUCUCAAAGCUCGCAAGCUGUAAGGCAGAGAGAGAGCGGUUUCGUAUAGCGGCUCAAGCGCCACUCGCUCAACUGCCGGUAACAGAGACGCUGCAACAACAUCAACCCUACAGCAAAACCAGCAAGAAACCAAAAGAAAUAUCAGCCAAAAUAAUGGAAUUCAUAUGCCUCGAUCACCAGCCGCUGUCCAUUGUGGAAGACGAAGGUUUCAAAAGACUCAUGUCCUACUUGGAUCCGCGCUACACUCUGCCAGGACGCAAAUAUUUCACUGACGUAUGCCUGCCGCAGUUAUACCAAGAAGUGUAUACACACAUUGACAAUCUCAUGAGGGACAACAUCAACUCUUUCAGUUUCACAAGUGACAUUUGGAGUUCGAAUGUGUGUCCCAUGUCCAUGUUGAGCCUAAACGCGCAGUUUAUCGAUGAAAAAUUCGAACUACACAAAGUUGUUCUUCAUUCCCAAGAUUUCUCAGGGUCGCACACGGUGGAGGCUCUUGCUGCCACAUUCAUCGACAUGUUCCAAACGUGGGGGAUCCCGAAGGAAAAGGUGCACGUUAUUCUGAGGGUCAACGCCAAGAACAUGGAAAAGGCCAUGAGGGAUGCGGAUUUACCCAGCCUGCCUUGCAUGGCGCAUACACUCCAGCUCGCCGUGUCCGAGGGAGUUUUGUCCCAGCGCACAUUCUCUGAUAUUACAGCCUCCGGAAGACGCAUCGUCAAUCAUUUCAAACACUCCCAGCUCGCUUACUCUCGUCUUCAAAGUAUUCAGAAACAGCUGGGCCAGCCGAUCAAACGGCUGCAGCAGGACGUGCCCACCAGGUGGAACAGUACUUUGUACAUGCUGCAGAGUCUACUGGAACAGAGACGAGCGCUUUCUGCGUAUGCAGCCGACUACGACUUGCCCGCCAUGUUCACUGACAACCAGUGGAAACUGGUGGAAAAUGUCAUUUCCCUGCUCACCCCCUUUGAAGAGCUCACGCAACAGAUCAGCUCCUCAACCGCGUCGGCCGCAGACGUCAUACCGUCCAUCAGAGCUCUGACUCGUCUUCUGGAGAAAACAGCAGCGAGCGACCAGGAUGUGAAAGCGGCGAAAGCGACGCUGUUGGAGGCGGUCCAGAAGAGAUUCCGCGACAUUGAAUCUGAGCACCUGUAUACCAUCGCUACAGUCCUGGACCCGAGGUAUAAAGACAGAUAUUUCCCCGACGCACUCAAGCCACAGAUUCGCGAACUGCUUGCUGACAUCCUGGCCGCUGGGCCGGAGCAGCACAACGGCGAGGGGAGUUUGGCGGCGUGCGACUCGGAGCCCCCAGAGAAGGUACCGCGAGCUAGCUCCUUGCAUGCUAUGUAUGCUGAGCUGUUGGAUGAAGACGGGGAACACGGCGACGACGACAGCUGCAGCUCGGCCGCAUCACAGAUGAACCUCUACCUGUCGGAGCCGGUCAUCCCACGAGACGGACAGCCGCUUGUUUUUUGGCAAUACAAUAAAAGCCGCUUCCCCGCUUUGGCACAAGCGGCACGAACCUUCCUGAGCGCACCGUGCACAAAUGUGGACAGCAAGCAACUUUUCAUCACAGCAGGGAAUAUUGUCGAUGAGAAGAGGAACAAGCUGUCUCCCAAAAAUGUGGAGAUGCUCAUUUUUAUAAAGAAAAAUAUGCCACUGAUGCUUAAGAAGUAAGUGGAAAGAUGUGAAACGUAAUAAUCUCUAUCCCUCUAAAACUGCCUCAGCUUCCCAGAACACAAAGCGGCUACUAAAGACUUUAUCAUUGACUCGGGAUAUAAAAGCCGUCUUGACAGUGCAGCUAUAAUUUUGUUAUUAGUGUCGGCUUGCUUUUUUUGACAUCCCCAGAGAUGUAACUAUAGACGGAGGGAGAAACACAAAGCCUGCAACACAAUAAAAGACAAGUGACAAAGUCACAACGCGAAAUGGGCCUGACUCAGAAGGCGUGACCGAACAAGUGAGAUGAAGUUACGGAUAAAAACAAAUACAGAUCUAAGCUGCGUUUCCAUCAAAAAGCUUUCAAUAUAUAAUACCUUUGAAACCAAAAGUAACACAAACAUUUACGUAGACCCUCGAGCAGUGGAAGAUCUGCAGGAAUGUGUACUUGAAUUAAACUAACACACAUCAUGUGUGUAAUACUACAUUAUUGAAGUCCAAUACUACUGUCAGUAAUACUUGACUUUGGCCCUUGCACCUAUACUUUGCAAUAUGCAAUGAAACUAAAUACAAGCUGGGUGCAGAUUUUAUUUUUCUUUCCACGAGAGACAGUGGACUUACAAAAUGCAAAAUUUAUGCAACUCAGAAAAC